AUGGCUGAUGAGCCACGACGUUCCGGCCGCUCGACGAAAGGCCAGCACAAGAACCUCGACAUGGUCACCGAAACGCCUAUGAAGAAAUCGAAGUCCAAGUCGCUAUCGAAAGACAAAUCCUCCAAACCUUCCGCCGAACCGACGCCUGGACCCAGCGAAGAAGGAGAAGAAGAAGAAGAAGAAGAGGAACUCAUAAGAUGUAUUUGUGGGGAAUACGAGGAGGAGGAAGAUGUCGAACGCGACAUGAUCUGCUGUGACCAGUGCUCAGCAUGGCAACACAACGACUGCAUGGGCCUCAAGUUCGCCAAAGGAGAGGAACCGGAUCAGUACUUCUGCGAGCAGUGCAAGCCGGAAAACCACAAGGAGCUUCUGGAUAGAAUGGCGCGCGGUGAGAAGCCCUGGGAGGAAGUCGCUGAGAGAAGACGCAAAGAGGCCGAAGAGAAAAAAUCACGGCGCAGAAAGGGCAAGAAGGGUGGCAGAAGAGGCAGACCAAGUGAGGCCAAGACAGAAGAGAGUACGCCAGCUGCUUCGGUCAAGGCUCAAACCCCGAGUUCGGCUCCUUCUGUCCCUCCAACCGUGCCGCAUGCAACUGAGGAAAAUGACCAUGCCGGUGAUGCUGCACCGACUGGUGCUGCACUGGCGAGCACUCCCAAGCGCAAGUUUGAUGAACACCAAGAGAGUCCACAGUCUGAGGUCGGCCCCAAAACGAAACAGCAAAAACUAUCGCCUCCAACAAAAGUAUCGCCUCCAGGAAAGGAAGCAACACCGCACAGAAAACCUUCGACUAACGCGCCGUCAUCUCGCCAGAGCUCUGUCACUGAGAAGGCAUCUGAGGGGCCAGGCACACUGGAGGAGAUUACAAACCCAGCCCGGAAAACCGUUGCCAGUGCUCUAGUCAAGCUAUUUGUAGAACAGGUUUCUGAUGUGCGGAAACAAGACUCUUUCAAAUUGCCUAAGGGCAAGACAGUGGAGGAGAUCGCCGGGCAGCUCGGUAUGUCGAUCGAGCAUGCUAUGUACCAAAAUCUUUGCGGAGGAUCUGGGGAACCAACGGAACAGUAUAAGUCACAGCUUCGGACGAUCUUGUUCAACGUAAAGAAGAACACGUCCCUACGGGAUAGUUUGCUCGUAGGCAAUCUGCUCCCAGAUUCUCUAUCCAAGAUGAGUUCCCAGGACAUGGCGAGCAAGGAGCUCCAGCAAAAGGAUGCGGAAAUCAAGCGAGAGGCGGAGCGUCAGCACAUCAUCGCCACCCAAGAGCAAGGGCCGCGGAUUAGACGGACGCAUAAAGGAGAGGAACUGGUUGAAGAGGACGACCACGUUUCAAGCGAACCUGUUUUCUCGACGGCUCCGGCUCGUCGUAUGACUGACGGAAGCCCCAGCCCCGAUGACCAGCAGCGUCGCAAGUCGAACGAAGGCCGACGAGCCGGCAAGCCACGACCCAUUGACACCGAUGGACAGUCACACGACCAACAUUUCGCUCAUUCCCCCAGUCAUGAUGACCAGGUCUUCCCAGAGGUUGCCACGCAUAUCCGAGAACCUGUGCCAGGUGCAAAGGUCCAGGCUGAUGCAGAGAUCGAUAACCUACUGAGGGAUGAUGAUGAACCCGACUCGCCUCCAUACUCCCCCAAGGAGUACAAUGAUGAGGGAUCUGUGUGGCGCGGCAAGGUGGUGAUGAACCCCAUUGGAGAGUUCUCAUCAUCAGCAAAGCAUGUCGGUGGUGCCGACCUGAGCGAGAGCUUACCAUGGGGCCAGCUUGCGCCGCCAACAUUGCUGAUCAAUGGCCGGAUAGAGAUCCAGCUGGCCAGCAACUAUCUCUGUGGCCUACGGUUCAGCACAUCGACAGACGUCGUCGUGAUGUCCAUCAAUGCGCCUGAGAACCCGAAGGAGCGCGCAGGAUUCGACAACCUGUUCAACUACUUCGCAGAUCGCAAGAGGUACGGUGUCAUUGGAAAGCACCCAUUGUCGUCCGUUACGGAUACGUACCUCAUCCCGGUUGAGGCUGGGACAACGAAGAAGCCCGAUUUCCUCGAAUUGCUGGAAAACAAUUCCCUUGAUGAUUCCCUGCAGGAACGGAUUCUUCUGGCCGUGUUCGUCAUCAAGACUGGUGUUUCGAACCGUCCUUCAGUACAGCCCCCGUCGCAUCACCCGAGCCAGGAACCCGCAAACACCGCAAGCCCGUUGACUACUGCUGCGCCUACGCCUCAGCAGGCGCAGGCUCCGUACAUGUUGCCGGGACAGCAGCAUCCAGCUCAAGUAUCCCCUACUACGCCAGCACCUUUCCCUGGCGCACCAAUUCCUGCACAGGCACCACAAUAUGCCCAGCCGCCACCGCAGCAGCAGCAACAACAACAACAACCUGCUCCCCCAGCGGGUCAAUUCCACCAAUAUCAACCCAACGCCCCCGCCCCUCAGCCUGCUACUGGCCUCCCAGCCGCCAUCCAAGUGCUAGGACCUCAAGCACAUGCACCUGCAAUUCAACAGCUCCUUCAACAAGCACCGAAUGCAGAUGCCUCCCAGCUAUUGGUGGUACGGGAUAUCCUCUCCCGACAACCGGAUGCUGCGUCCAGCUACCAGGCGUUGACUGAGGCACUGUUCCAUGCUACAACUAAUGGACAUGGUGCGUCAUAG